GUUUCGACAUUUCCCAUUACCAAUAACAGCUUUCAGUUGUCAGUUUAGAAAUAGGAAAGCCAAAACGACAACGGAUCAAUUCCAACUCCUCCGGGUGGCAAAUCCCUAGUGAGGUGAAAUUGGGGAAAAAUCGAAAUUGGUCUCCUCCAUCCUCUAAUCAGUGUAGUAAUCUAUGGCACUCAACUACAUUUUCCGCAAGACCCUCCCCUCCGCAUUUUCCCGUUUGUUUUGUAGAUCUCGGUUCCCGGUCGAAGCACUUCAAAAUCAGUGGUUCUGUACAACAAGACUCACCGGCUCCGAUGAUUUUACAGUCUCCUACCUGGUUAACUCAUGUGGGCUUUCCCCAGAAGCCGCCAUUAAAGCAUCCCACAAGGUAAAGCUUCAAUCUUUAGUAAAACCAGACUCUGUGUUAGCCCUUUUGAGGGAGUAUGAAUUUUCAGACUCCCAGAUCUCAACUGUUGUUCGUAGAUACCCACGACUUGUCUUAGCCGAUGGGAAGAAAACCCUUUUGCCAAAGCUUGAGUUUUUGUGCUCCGUAGGAAUGUCAAGGCUCGACCUUGCAAAAACACUGAGCUACAACCCAAUUCUUUUUACGCGAAGCUUGAAAAACUGCAUUACACCAUGUUAUACCUUCCUCAGAAGCGUGGUGCUCUCUGAUUUCAAGGUCGUCAAUAUUUGGAAGCGCCACUCAUGGAUUUUCGGGGCAAUUCUAUCCAAGAAUGUGAUACCCAAUAUUGGGCUUCUCAGAGAAUUGGGCGUGCCCCAGUCGUCUAUCACUAUGUUGGUAACGUAUCAUGCUGAGAUUGUGAUGAGAAAGCCUGAAUCGUUCAGUGAACUUGUGGGUGAAGUCGAACAAUUGGGAUUUGACCCUCAAAAAUCGAGCUUUGUGCAUGCCAUGCACGCAUUACAUGGGAAGAAGACAACAUGGAGGCGAAAUGAAGAGGCAUAUAGGAGGUGGGGUUGGUCGGAUAAUGAUAUUCUUUCUGCCUUUAGGUUGUGUCCACUGUGUAUGAUCAAGUCGGAGAAGAAAAUAAUGGAAACAAUGGAUUUCUUAGUGAACAAGAUGGGAUGGAAAUUAGAAAAACUUGCAAAGUUUCCAUAUGUUUUUUUGUACAGCUUGGAGAAGAGAAUCAUUCCAAGGUGUUCAGUUGUUAGAGUUUUGUUGUUGAAAGGAUUGAUGAAAGAGGACAAGUUGAGUUUGGGUACUAUUAUUACUCCUUCAGAGAAGUACUUCUUGAAUAUGUUUGUGACCAGAUAUCUCGACAAAGUACCCCAAUUGUCGAAUGUGUACCAAGGAAAAGCGAAUAUAUGCAUCCUGUAGUUGGUGAGAUUAGUUUGUAACACAGUUUUAGGCUGUAUAGUGUUGAAUCAGGAAGGGGCUUGCGAAAUAGAAGGAGCCUUCUCAGUAUUGGCUAUAAAGAAUAAUGUCCCUAGAUUACUCAUUGGUUUUAUGUUCUCUCCAAGAUGUGAAAAGCUCAGUGAAAGGUCUUCAGUUUAUAGUUGCUGCAUCUCUAUGCCAACUAUGGGCACGCUGCAAGGCACGCCGAUUGAGUUGGGGAUCAGGAGAUAAUCACUGAUCGCUGACCCAGUAAUGAAAAGCACCUGUUUUCUUUGUCCCAUUUGAACACUAGUAUGUGCAGUCCGAAAAGUUCAAGCAGAAUUCGGAUCCACUCAUUGGCUGCUGUGACUGUUGGUCUAAAUUGUCAUUCUGUAAUCUGUAGUUUAGUGAUUCGCUCAAUUUCUUUAGUGUUCUAGUAAAGGUCAACUUUCUUGUAGCUAUUGAUAACUUGUAGUGAUGAUAGUGGCGACAUUCUUUCACCACUGUUCUUGACUCGGAAAUUGAUGAACAAACUCAGUGACUCGGAGAGGAGGAUUCGUGGUCCAGAUCAAGGCAACUUGUCCUCCUGAUAAGAACUUGAUAGAAAGGAGAAGGGAAGCUCAGAAAUAACGCCUGGAAGUACUUACUGUUGGUACUUGGUGAGCAUCUGAAGAAGAACUCUUGGUCUUGUGUAACUCAAACUGUCAAACAUGAUGGGAAGAGCAUUCUUCUGUGUCUUGUAUCUUUUAGAUAUAUGUAUGAAAUUACUUUCUUGGACUGCAGCAUUCUUUUCUGUAA